CAACCUUGCGAUUCGGUCAACGUUCACUACGUAAGAACUUGUCUUUCCUAACCUUCACCAUCAUGCCUCCUGCCAACACAAUUAACAUACUUUUAGCUGUUACCAUUCUCCUCGUUGCUCUUCCUAGUGCCCAUGCAUUUGGUGCCGGAGACAUCCCAGAUUUCGCCUACUUCAAUAACAAGGCGUUCCGGCACGGUGACAUUGAAAACAUCUUGGAGACAGUCGUUAAAUCUGCUGGCCGUGCCGCUGCUGGAGGCGGAAUUCUUGGUUUUGCUAGGAAAGUUAUGGACAAUGCCUCCGGAGGCUCAAAAUUCAACAAAGGAGAUAUCAAGAAGGUUUAUUUUGGUAAUUGGCUCAGGGAUUAUUCUCAGGCGAUGGAUAUCGCUGGCCUAAGCAAACUCAGUGCGGAUACUCUUGUUCUUGUUGUCUCUGUUCUUGGUUUUAUGGCAUUUGGCUUUGCCACCAGGGAGUUCGAGGUCACGGCCGAUCGUCUUGGCGUCUACCUCCCCGUUGAACAUAUAGAUAAUCCAAAAGGUUAUGCUGAGAAAGAAGGCGAUGCUCGUCAGUUUCACCCCAAACUUCGUCCGCCUGUUGAUCCCCGUGAACUCGAAAUCGACGAGCGAACCGGUAUGAAGAACUAUAUGGCGACCGAAGAUCAGGGCUGGGAUUCGUCAACAGCCCAUAUUCGUCGCACUUUCCAAGCGUGCAUCGAAUACGGUCGCAGGGCGUCCGGACAAGAAGGUGCAGAUUUAUAUGAAGCCUUUCGUCUGCUUGGCACAGGUCUCCACACGAUGGAGGAUCUCCUCGCGCAUAGCAACUGGUGCGAGAUUGGCCUACGCAAGAUGGGGUAUGAAGAUGUUUUUUGUCAUGUCGGCGACAACGUCUACGUGCAGGCUCCCUCUGGUGACAGAGUGCCACCUCUUGUUACCGGUACGUUUGGUAGUGCCGACUUCAUGCACUCGAUGCUAGGGGAAGCCACCGAUCAUAUUAGCCAAGCUAGUGUCACAGCCUUGAAUGAACAGAUGGCACAGACCUCGCAAAACAACGACACCGCUGAAAGGUUAUCGACUCUCAAGAAGAUCCUCAGCAAAGUCGGUGGAGGUAAUGAUAAGAUCAGCCAGGGGGAGCAGCUCCAAGCGCAGUCUCAAGCGUACCACUUCAACCCCGAUAACGUUGCACCGCCUGAGGUCCAGAAGCAGUUACUGGAUUUGCUCAGAUGGCGCGAUGAUGUUUACAGAGAUAUUAUUGCUAAGGUCGAGAUGGUCCCCGGCUUGAGUGACUUGAUUGACGAAUUAAGCAACGCGCUCACAGCGUAUGUGUACACCGUCAUUGCACCCUGGCUCACGCCUAUCCUUACCCAAGCUACGUCAGCCCUCGGCGAAGGAAGCAAAGCUGUCAUCGACUCCGACGACCAAUAUGAAGUCUUCAACAAUGCGGAUGCGUCUGACCCUUCGCACAGUCUAUUAUCCAAGGACCAUUUCGGUCUAAUUCUCAAUGAGCCUGCAGGAAAGAUUGCUCAGAUUGUGGUCGUGAAUAGUGUUCAGCUCAUUGUUGAGGCUUGGUCAAAUAAUGAUGAUCCUAACGAGGUCAUCAACAGGAUCCUUGAAGCCUUCCAUCACCCCUAUUAUGCGAGUGGUAGUAGCCAGAUUCAGCGCCAGAUGUAUGACGAACUUGAGAAAUGGGUCGGUGGUAUGGGCGAGGAAGCUCGAGACACUAUGGGCAAGCUGACAAAGGUUGCCGUUCGCGAGGGAAAGAACAAGAGGGAGGGAGAUGGAAGCGUCGAACCUGGUUAUGGCGGCUGUGGACAUGGAAGCAGCGCGAGCUACGGCCGUAAGACUCAAAGCAGCGGCUAUCAGAGCCAGAGCUCGUACCAGACUUCCGGUGGAUAUGGGGGUGGCCAGUCGCACGGUAGCAGUCAGAAACCGUCGUAUGAGGGCCGGAAUAAAUCAACCUACGGUGUUCAGGACGAAUACUCUCGUCGGACCGAGUCCACAUUCGGAGGGCGUGCCGAAUCACAAGGAAGAAACGACGGAUACUCUUACGGACAACGCCACGACUCUGCGCCCAACUACGGAAGGAACACCGAGUCUUCGUAUGGUAGUAUAAACCAGUCUUCAUACGGUGAACGCAAUGAACCCACCUACGGAAGAGACACCGAGUCCUCGUAUGGUGGUACAAACGAAUCUUCCUACGGAGGAAGAACCAAGUCCCACGGUAGACGUGACGAGUCUACUUACGGUCGACCAGACGAGCCUACCUACGACAGGCAGGAAGAACCAUAUGAAAGUAGGCAGCAAACAGCAAACAGCCAUGAUGAUCCAUCGUAUGGUUCUGAGGUCUCCUAUGGAGAUAGAAGCGAGUCGUUUGGUGGCAGGAAUGAGCCUUCCUACAGUAGGAAUGAGUCCUCAUAUGGUGGUCGAAGCCAGUUCAGCGGAGACUAUGGACGGACUGAGUCUUCCGAAUAUGGUCAACAAAGUGAAGGCUACGGUCGUGGUGGUUAUGGAGGUGGUUAUGGUUGCCGCCAUGAUGGUGGUCCUCCUCACGAAUAUGGAGGAAGGGGUGAUGAAUAUGGUCGAGGCGGAGGCGGUUACGGUGGCAGCGAGGAGUUCGGCCGGCCUCCUCCUCCCCAAGGAUUUCAGGGUAUCCGAGGCGGAGGAUAUAACCCUAGCUAUGGUGGACCAGACGAUACAUUUGGCGCUGAAAGAAUGAACAUUCGGGAUGACGAUGAUGACCGAGGCCACGGACGUCGCCAUGGCCACCGUGGACACCACGAAGAAAGGCGUAAAUACGAUGAUUGAAAGAGAGAAAGAUAGUGGAAUUCGAAAUAAGUAUAAGUAGAAAUGUCGUAAAAUAUUCCUACAGGCUGUUAAAAGGAAGGUUCACUAACCGACGUUUUCGAUUAUUGGCAGUUGCAACUUGGGAUACUUCUUUAGGAACAGAAUGGCUGCUAUUCAGUCAGAAGAAUUCAUUAGUAUAGAGGUGUAUGAUCCGGC